UGUCAUUCUCAUGAACGAAAGGCUAGAAGAGAACAUCAUCACAAUAAAUGACAUCGUGACAAGAAAAGCUUAUAUCUUCCCCACAUCCACCACAAUUUCUUGCCCACCAGAAGAAAAGUUAGUCAACAUCAAACAGCUACAACAUAUGCAACGACACUUCUGGACAAGAGUAAAUGUUACAUUGGCUGAUAUAGACAAACCACUAUGGUAUCUAUCAUGUGACAAUUGCAACAAAUCUACAAGUGUAGCUGUAAACGAAACUUAUUUUUGUAGAUUUUGCAAGCACAACUAUACUACACCGACUCCAAGACCAAGAGCAAUCGUUCAGUUACAAGACUACACAGGCUCAAUGACAGCAUCAAUUAUUGGAAAACCAGCUGAAACAUUCCUCAAAUGCCCAGCAACAGAAUUGAUGAAGCAAAGUUCUAAUGAACAUAUGGAAAGCAGCUCUACAAUUCCAGCAACAACUCCACGUGAGCACAUCGUAUACAUCAAAGCUGGAAAUAUAGAGACAACCACUAACAAGGCACCAUAUGAAGUCAUCUUCAUCCUUGACUCACACCUCCAAGAUGACAACCAGUUACCUGCGAACACCACACAACCAAGCACUACACAUGAAGCUCCCAAACAUGCAAAUAAAAAACAGAAGUAAGAGUAGCUGUUGAAGACCUGAAAAUACAUAUUUUGUAUUUCUUUUGCACACUUGUGUCCACAAUCCAACAGACCAGAUUCCCAGCAUCUCUAUCUGUCAUACUAAAUUUUGUUCAUUGUCCAUAUUAACAUAUUAGAAACCAUGUACCCAAAUACGGCAUGUAACAUCUCUGUGUAUGGCACCUAAGAACUUUGUUUUGUACAUCAUAUUACUAUUGCCAAUGUAACUACUUGUGGACACAUUUUAUAUAAUCUAAUGUAAUCAUCC